UUUAGUAUUGAGAGUGCGGUUAAUGGGAUAACAAGUGUGUACGGGUUUCAUUAAAAAAAAAUUUUUUUUUUAAUUUUUUCGUUUUUCUUUUCUUAUGUAAUUUCUAUAUGUAAUUAAAGUGAAUAAUAUUGAAAACCAAUUAAAAUUUGUAAAUUUUUAAUAUUAUUAAAGUUUUAAUUGUAUUAAUUAAUUUAAAUUUAUUUAAUGUAUAUAGAAUUGUAAAGAUAUUCGGCAUUGAAUAAAAAAUUCGAAAACGAAAAUAAAUUGUGUUACAACUUAUUAGCUGAAAAAAUUAAUAAAAAAUAAGAAUUUGAGGAGAGGAAAAAAUAAAAAAAAAAUUUUAAAAAUUAUUUUUUUUUGCAACAGUUUCUCAUAUAUUUUUAAUUAAAAUUCAAAUAAUUUUAUAAUUAUUGUAAAAUAUUUCAAUAUGAAGUUAAAAAUAGCAAGUAUAUAUUUUUUAAUUGGAAUCUCAUUUGGAUUUACGGAAUCGAAAGAUUUUCAUAAGGUUCAUUGUACAGAAAAUGAAAUGUUAGUUGAUAUAGUUUUGGAAAAUGAUGAUAAUACCCCAAAUAUAUAUCUGGAAGGAUUAAAAGGAUAUCCAAAUGAAAAAUGUCAACCAAAUAUUAAUGAAACUUUAGCACAAUUUAGAUUAUCAUUAACUGAUAUUUAUGAAUGUGGUGUUACAAGAAUGGUUAAUAAAAUUACGGGUAAAAAAGUCUACUAUCAUAAAAUUAUUAUUGAAAGUGGAACUGGAAAAGAAUUGGUCAGUGUUAAAUGUAUAACUACUGGACCGGUUUAUAAUGUUAUGAAUCAAACAACAAUCGGCAAUAAUCAAAUGGUACAUCAUGGAAUUGUUAGACGAGAUGUAUUACCAGCUGGUUUUCAAGAACCAGAAGAUUUAGAAAUAACAACAUCACUUACGGAACAUGCUCCAGAACCAAUUUUAGGGGUUGAUGUCCGUCAAAAUGGUGAAGUAGUUACUGGUGAUUUAAAUGUUAGUCCUGGUACACCACUCUCAAUGGAAAUAUACCUUGAUAAAGGUUCUGCUCCAGUUUAUGGACUUGCCGUUACGUACAUGCAAGUAACUGACACAAGAGCUCAGGAAGAAACAAUUAUAUUUAAUGGAUGUUCUGUUGAUCCAUAUCUUUUUGAAAAUUUCAAUACAAUUGAUGGUGAUUCAUUAAGUGCGAAAUUUCGUGCAUUCAAAUUUCCAGAGUCUACUUAUGUUCAAUUCCGUGCAACAGUUAAUGUUUGCUUAGAUAAAUGCCUUGGUACACCAUGUAGUAACGGUCAAAUUGGUUAUGGUAGAAGAAAACGUGAAAUUUCCAAUACGAAUGAUAGCUCUGGAACAGAUCCAAAUAAAAUUUAUGAAAUAUCAUUGGCAACCUUUAUUAAAGUUAAUGACGUAGAUGGAGUUUUAAAUAAAAAUUUAAAAUUAGAAUUAGAAGAAAAAAUUCGACAAUUAAGAAUUGCUAACCAAAAAUUAGCUCGUAAUAGUCGAGGGAGCAUAUCAAUGAGUGGUAUGGAAAGUAUGGAACAAGUAACUGGAUCUAGUGCAGCUACUGUAUAUGAUGAAGAAACUUUAUUAAAAAUUUCAGAACAAUCAAUUCCAAGAUCUGGUUCAGAAACUAGACUACCAAUGAUACCAUUAAUAUCAUUUUUAGUAAUAAUAUUUAAAAUUUUUCUGUAAAUAAAAUUACAAAAAAAAAAAAAUUAUAAAA